GGUGAAGGGGACUAUAAAACUAAAGGAUCCAGUGUUACUCAAACGAGAAGCCUGCAGCUAAAUUAAAACGGGUAGGGCUUUAUCAGCCUCCCGGAGGGAAGAUUUAAAAACAACGCUGACAUUUUUUGCAAAUUAGCAAGCUCCUAGCCCAAAGAUGGAACCUGCCAAAGUGAAAAACAGCCUUACAGAACAAGUCACGCAAUGCCCCGUUAUUUCCAAUACGCCGAAAGAAGGAGGCAGGAGGAAACGGACCACGUUUAGCAAAGCCCAGCUGGACCUCUUGGUUAAGACGUUUGAAAAGGAUCCCUAUCCUGGCAUCACCGUGCGGGAGAGGCUGUCCAGCCUGACGGAGAUACCCGAGUCUAGGAUUCAGGUUUGGUUUCAAAACAGAAGAGCCAGGCAGCUGAACCAAAAGAAGACUGAAGCCCCCACCUUUCCCAAACUUGAUUAUGGCAACAAGAAGCUGACCCACUUCAGUGUCAAUCUUCCAGACAGGCCAAGAAUCACACAGAGUCUUGCAUCUGGUCAGAGUCAACUGAAUCUACAGCCAUGUCUGCUGGGAGGGAAUCAAAAUAUUCCUAGUCAGCCCAUGCAGUAUUCAGAGCAACAACUUCCUAUGUUAGAUGGUCAUUUCAAGAGCGUGGACAGCACUUUUAGAACAGGGACCCAAAUCCAGAUCCCGUCAACUCAUUUAAACUCAGCGUACGUGUCAAGAGAAAACCAGUUCAGUUUAGGAGCCAUGGGGAGUCCUUCCCAGAUUCAGCACCCUGUGCAGCCACUACAGCAACAUCCAUACUAUCAGAAAUCUUUUCCUGAAAACUACUACUCAGAUACAAAUCUAUUCCAGGCCACUUCCCCCUUAAAGCUCGGGGGGCAGCAGUGUGGUCAAGGUCCUCAAUAUCAAGCAGCCAAAGAAAACAUAUACAGGAUGCCUGUCACUAUCAACUAUUUAAACUCUAACCAAGGAGUGAUCAAUGAGGAGUGUUCAUAUGUCAAGGCAAGCACUUCUCAUUUUAGUAAGAGUCCAGUUUUAGGUCCUGAUGGAGACUCACAAGUAAAAAUGGAGCCUGCUCAGGCUGAGUGUAACAUUCAUUCACCUGUUUCUUCUAGCAUUACUCUUCUCCCUUCAACAUUUUCCAACUGUCAGGUAACACCUCAGAGGAUGUUGACUCCUCUGGUUCCUUUGUUUGGGCAACAACUGAAAGAAAUGAUAGAUGAAUUUGAUCCUCGUUGGUCAUACAUGAGAAAUGAAGUCAUGGGUACUGGUCUAGAUUUGCUAUUUGAAAGUGAACAAAAUGUAGAGCAAAGUAGUAGUAGUAGAAGUUACCCCUUCACCUCUGGUGACCAGAGUUCAAGCUGCCACUUAGGUCAUACCUGAAAAUGAACUUGGUGGAUAUGUUCACACCUUAUACAUUUGCAUGAUUGUCAGGGUGAAAGAGGGAAGAGGCUGAGAAGUGUUGCUGGCCAGUGUGUUUAGGGUUUGUUAUGAGAGCUCUGUGAGAGUCAGUACUGGGAGGGAGGGGGAUGCAGGCCUGUAGAAGUUGGAAGGUGGCUGCUAGAAAUGAGUGAAUAACUUCAUCACUGAAUGUUUUCUCUUUGAGCAUUGUCAACAAGUUGCUUGCAGUGAUCUUGUAUUAGUUUAUAAUUAGCUACCAGAUAACUUUACUGGUCAGACAGUUCACUGAGUAUUUUACUCUCUGGUAGUCAAACUGUGUUGGUUAGCUUUGACUGGAGGUAUGGGGUUAUGGGAAGUUUCAGGGGAUUAUGUUUGUUUCCUCAUGGGAAGAAUGUACUACAUAUCUGGUGUGACUACUCAUGUUUAAAAUUCACGUUCUAUUCAGUAUACUCAAUUUCUUUCAGUGAAAGCUAAUGCAGGCGGCACAAACACACAUGCGCAAAAAAAGCAAAUAGCUUUUUUUAAAUGAAAACUGAAGUCGAAAUUGCAGGGAGGCGGGGUGCUAUUUUUCCUACUUGAUAUGUGCCUUUAGUUAAAGUUGCUAGUAUCCCCUCUUUCAGAAGUACUUAAUGUACUUUUUUUAAUGAACAAAAUGUGUAGUCCUUAAAAGGCAAUGUUUUAUGCAAAUUGGUGGUUUUCUAAUUGAAUUGUGUGAAUUCUGCCAUAAGAAAGGGUUUUUUUUCAAAAUCUUUACCAUUUCUUUCUCAGUCCUCAUCCUCUUUUAAAAAAAAAA